AUGGCUGCAAUAAUGUUCCACAGUUUACCUUCAUGUAUUGAUUCUCAACUUGUUGAAUCAAGAUUACAUAAUCUUCGUUUACCUUCUCCGAAACCACUCACCUCUCAUUCCGUUGAUUUAUCUUUCAAGACAUGUUUUUGGGAAUCAAACAUAAAACCUCAUUUUGAACAAAACUUGACUAAAAUUGAAACUAUCAAAUCCAAUCUCAAUGAGGAUAGUUGGAGUUCAAUUCAAUCACUUUCCAAAUCCAAUUCUUCUCAAGGUCUUAAAGAAAACACAUAUGUUCAUCCCAAUGUGAAACUUCCAUGGCAUAAACUUAGUCCCAAGAGUUUGGAACUUUGUACUGAGAAUUUAGGAAAUGAGACAGGAUGUAAUAUUUCAGAAUAUAGCAUUGACUUGCUCUCAUCAACAAACUUAGCUAGAGAUAAUUUGGAGAAAAAGGAGGAACGGAAAAAUUCACGUCAAAAUUUGAGAGGUGAAAUGAGAACUAAGAAUUUUCCACCACCUUUGAAGAGUAUGAGAGGUUCAGAAUCAGUAAGAGUGAAACCACACAGAGAAAAUGGUAGGUUAGUGAUUGAGCUAACCAAAGUGCCAUCCAGUGCUUCUUGCUUUCAAGCAGAUAGAAGCAAUGGACGCCUUCGUCUUUCCUUUUGGAAUGACACUGAAGUUCAGAGUCAUUCCAAAGAAGAUAAAAGUCAAGAAUGCGAGGAAGAGUUUGAAAAUGAAAUAAGUGGACAAAAACAAGACGCGGAGGACGAAGAUGAAGAAGAACAAGAAGAAGUGAAGGAUGAGGAAGUAGUAGAAAAAAAUAUUAUUGAUAAUGAGAAUGAGGAAGUAGAAGAAGAGACACAUGUCAAUGUUUGUUGUGUAGUGAACAAAAGCAAAGGUUGGAAUGUUGGGAAUGAAGUUAUAAGAAUGGGAAAUCAUCAAAAGUAUGAGAGGGGAAGUAGAAGAAAGAGAUGCAAAGAAGGUGGUAAACAUGAACACAAUGAAAUGUUGGUAAAUUGGGGGGAACCUCUUUGGCUUGCAUUGGCAACUUCCUAA